GACACGCGACCAAAAACCUAAAUUACCACUAGCAUGACAUCAUCGUGGCAGCACUGUGCUUGAGUUAUUUGUGAGCCGUGUGUGUGUGUAACAUGCACAUUAGAAUCUCAUAUAUCCCUCACCCCACCCUUCACAGAGUCUUAUCCCCACGCUGAAAAGCAAUGCAAAAAUCAUUCAUAAAAAAAAACUGGACCCGAUAACUUUAACAGGAUCUGGAAAAAAAGGCGUAUGGCGACAGUCGAUAUUAAAACAUGCAGAGGCAGACGAGCUUGGGGCCUUACUGAGAGGAAUGAGACUGCAGCAGAGGCGAGAGGACAGGGAGAGAAAUGCUUACUGCAGCCCGCCACACUGAGCCAGACUGCAGCUGCAGCCGAUCCAGCUACAACCCAUCCUGAUCCACAGAGACAGACUGCAGACUGCAGACAGGUGGAGGAGAACGGGGUCUUGGAGGACAUGGAAGAGGACAUCAGCCUGAAGAAACGGAAAGGUGAUCACCACGGCAACAAAGACUUAGAGUCACGAGACUCCAGCCAGGAGGCUGAAGGAGAAAAGGUCAAGAAGCGCCGGGGACGACCUCCUGCAGAGAAGCUGCUCCCCAACCCCCCCGAGCUCACCAAGCAGCUGAGCACACUGGUGGAUAUGGUCAUCAACUACAAAGAUGGGUUGGGCCGUCAGAUCAGCAAAGGCUUCAUCCAACUGCCUUCAAGGAAGGAGGUGUCAGAGUACUACGAGCUGAUCCGAAAGCCUGUGGACUUCAGGAGGAUCAGGGAGCGUGUGCGCAAUCAUAAGUACAGGAGUGUGGGAGAUCUGGAGAAAGAUAUCAUACUGCUGUGUCACAAUGCCCAGACCUUCAACCUGGAGGGAUCUCAGAUAUUUGAGGACUCGAUUGUUCUCAAGUCUGUGUUUGAGAGUGCACGACAAAGGAUUGUCAUUGAUGAUGAGGUGAAACAGGACAGCACUGCCAUCCGUGAUGACGGAGGUCGAGACAAUCAGUUGGUUUCAUCAGCAGUGAAAAUGGCAACAAAGCAGGGGAAACAGAGGAUGAAGGAGGAGAGAAGCAGAAAGACGAAGGUCAAGAAGACAGUCUACAGUGAUGUAGACAGCGAUGAGGAUCUGGAGGACAAUACAGCUAAAGAUGAGGGUUGACCUGUAGGACCAACGCUAGUUCAUUUAUCCUCCUUAUCCUCUUUCUUUCUAUCCACUGUGACUGUGCGUUGCAGCUUAUUAAUUUGCUCACCUUGCAACAGGUUUGUCUCAUCUCAAGUCAAGAAAUCUACUCAAAGGAAUGUACAUAACUAAUAACUAUUUUUUUUUAUGACGUUGCUCCCUCUGUCUUCAUGUGAAAGCUACUGUGUGUAUCCUUAAUGCUUUACCAGAGGAUAUCUCUCCACUCUUUUUCCAUUAGUUGUUUAUUUAUUUGAACGUGUUAUUACUGUUGUGUGAAAUUACAAUGUAUUUCUGCUGAGACGGAGACCACCCUCAGAGAGUGGUGCCUGUUGAUAACAUCUCUAUGUGUUGUGUACAGGUAUGGGAGAUGUCAGAACAUGGUUGGUCAGCUCAUCAAUAUGACCAGGAUGUACACUCAAAAUGUGUGGAUUUAAAAUGAAAUUUGAUUCUGUAAUAAAACUCCAAAUAGUGGAAGUGUAUUUGAACAAUAUUGUGUAUUCUGAACGACCUGACAACCAACGUUGACUUCAAACUUAAUAAGCAGUUACAAACAGAUAAAGUUGUCUCACUUCAGGUGUACGUUCUAUACUUUAUAUUCAUGGACUUUUUGUAUAAUUUGGCGUCUUUUUGAGUUUGGCUUAGAGUGGCAACUAGCAAGUCCCAGGUGACAAACAAGAAAGAGAAAAAAAGAGAGCUCUCCCAGCAGGAGACAGUAUGGAUUUGUGUUGAUGUCUUUUUUUUUCUCUCUCUCUUUUUCUUGGCAAGAAAAAGCAACCCACUGGGACCCCGAUUCUGGCAUGAAGAAGUUUGUGUACAAGUCGCUACAGUUCUUCUGUACUAAUCCUGCUUUGUGUAACAAGAAAGGCAGACAUCAGUGUAGCCAGCAGAAACAUAUUCUAUACCCCAAGGACUGAUUAUACAGUAUUAAUAUGUUUAUGUUGUUUAAAUUGCAAAUCUGGUUGUACCCAUUCUUAUGCUUAUCACUCUUUUUAUAUAUAGGACAGUGCUGUAGCAAUGCACUUAGCCAUCCGCUAUGCUUGUAUAGUCUCAGCCAGGAGAGGCGAGAAAGAAAAAUUAACUGCAUUUGGGCUAUUAUAUGUCACUCUCUCUGAGGAAAGUAUAUGAUGUGAUGUAAAAUGUGUCUGAAUCUCUUGCAUCUUUCUUUAUCAAUAUUGAAACAACGUCGAAUGCAUUAUGCAAGGAGUAGAUUUUUGCAUAGUACGAGAUCUAAUCUGAUCUGAUUGCAUUCUGUUUGUUUUGUGAUAUGAAAGUCUGCUUUUACAACCCACCCUUCCUCUUUUAAUCAGCUCAAUAUACAUGCAAUCAAUCAAAAGCAGACUACAACAAAUUCAAUCAAAUAUUUAUUUGUGAAUCCAUUUCAUUUGAGUAAGUGUUCUUGUUUCAAUAUGCUAAACCAGAUUUUCUUUGCACAACCAGAUUUUCUUUGUACACUCUAGAGAUCUCUGAAUAAGUAAUGGGUUUCGUGCAAUGAUUUGCAAUGAGGUCGGUAAUCUGAGUAGACACGAGCCAUUAUCAAAGCCAGAUUUACUCAAAAAUAAACAUUGAUCAACCCCAAGUUCACCAUAGCUUCAACAUUACCAGAGUGUCAAAGGAUACUAACUGUAAUUGACAAAAAUGAUUAAUCAAAUGUAAACGCCAAUGUCGCAAAGAUACACAAGCGAUAGCCUCCGAUGGCGGCAUAUUUCAAAUCAUUUGACAAAAUGUAGCAUAGACCAACAUAGCAUCCACAGUUACAAUCAAUAGGUGGUAUAGUGCCCUCAAAUCUCAUCACUAAGCUAAGUUCCCUGGGACUGAAAAAAAAACAUAUCCGCCACGCUGACCCUCAACACAAGGCCCUUCCAGGGUGUGUGCUUAGUACUCCCUGUUCACCCACGACUGCGUGGCCUAGCACGACUCCAACACUAUAAUUAAGUUUGCCGACAACAUAAUGGUGGUAGACCUGAUCACUGAUGACAAGGAGACAGCCUAUAGGCAGGAGACCGGAGACCUCAACAACCUCUCCCUCAAAGUCAGUAUUACAAAGGAACUGAUCAUGGACU